UGUAUUUUUAUUUGCAUUAAGAAUGUGUAAUAAUUUUUAUUGGUGCACAUUAAGGGGAUGAAGGAAGACAAGGUUAGGGAACUCUUCCUCAUUUUACCAGAGGAAGUAUGUGGCUGUGUGCUGUUUUCGGUAGACCAGCGCUCAGUUUAGAUAAGCCUGCAGAGCAGUGCAGGCCACUGACAACACAACUGCUCUUACUGCUGGCCUUCGGUCUGAGACCAGAGCAGGAUUUCUUUACUCUGAACUAACUUUAUUGGGAGCAGCCAGCCAGAACUGAAGCUUUGCCCUCUGGAGGAAACAUGGAUAUUUAACUGCUUCAACUGAGAGCAUCUGUAGAUCUGCGGCCUCUAAACGUAAUCAUGGGCAAUGUGAUGAGGCAGGAAAAGACAAACCCAGAGCCUAACAACUCUGACACCAUGUUUAAAGACUGUGACAGUCUUGUGGUGCUCACUGAUUACCCAUGUCGAGACAUUAGUGAACCGAUCUUUAGGAUAGGGGACAAACUCAAAGGUCUCUCGGAAGAGGGUUGCUGGUGGAAAGUCCGUUCUCUUCAAACAGGAACUGAGAAUUACAUUCCAAGUAAUUAUGUGGCAAAGGUUUAUCAUGGAUGGCUGUUUGAGGGGAUUGGCAGACAGAAGGCAGAAGAGCUUUUGUCAUUGCCUUGUAAUAGUGUUGGAUCAUUCCUUAUUAGAGAAAGUCCGAGAGAAAGAGGUGUAUAUUCUCUCUCUGUGAGACACAGGACCAUAAAGCACUAUAAAAUAUUCCGUCUGACUAAUAGCUGGUACUACAUCUCCCCACGGCUUACCUUUCAGUGUCUGGAGGACAUGGUCAAUCACUACUCUGACUCAUCGGAUGGUAUAUGUUGUGUUCUCAGCGCUCCGUGCCUGGCUCUGUCCAACCCUGCCCAGAGCACAACCCAGGAAGCGCCUCCUGUGGUAAUGCGCCGUAACUUGGAUUGGAAGAAAGUGAAUAAGUCACAGCUGAUGAGCCCAAGCGAGCUGGAUAAUGCGGACAGCAAAGAUAACAUGAUGAGCUACGGUGUGAGGAGCAGCAUAGCCGCCUAUCUGUCAUUAACAUCAGUAUCUGAGCUAGAGAAUGCCAAAGGUCGCAAAAAGAAGAGCAAGUCUGUCUAUGUGAUGCCUGACCACAGUAAUAUAAAUGAAGAUGAGGACUAUUAGCUCAUGAGUGUAGACUUUUAAUCUUUUAUUUUUAACCAACACAUCGCUAUGGACUGUAAUAUUUUUGCACUGGGUUAAGUGAAUCUUUCACAUACAUGUCUAGGUCCCUUUUAUAUGGAAGCCGUUUCUGCCACUUCUGUGUUUACAUCUCACAAUUCUACGUUUACACUUCGCAAUUCUUUUUUCUCCGAUAUCUGGGUUAACAUGUCAUAAUCGUUUUUUUUUUUGUUCGUUUUUUUUUAGUUGUUUGUGCCAUGGAAUAAAAAUGUAAAUAGUAAUUGCGAAUUUUUUAUCUCACAAUUCUGACUUUUUUUCUUGCAGUUGUGAAUUAACAUC